GCGACGUGGCAAGUUAUCCGCCUGUUGCAGCAACAAGUAACAAAUUCCAAUACAAGAUUUCGAUUCAAUUAAAUUCAAAUUCGUGCAAAAUGUCAUUCAUCACUCGGGAGUACAAGUUCGAGACCAGCAAUAUGAUGCAGCAGAAAUCAGAUCAACAUACAAUGGCAAUGCUGAGCCUGAAGAAACUCGUCAAACCACUGCUGCGCCUCAUCAAGAAGAAGCAGCUCAUACGCAAAACUCUGGCAGAGAUGCAGUCGCAGAAUGAAAUCAACUCAUCGCUGGAGGACAUGCGCAAAGACUCGGUGGCAAGCUGUGACAAUAUGGCCAACGAGCAACUGGAGCAGCGACUCUUCAAUGAUCUCCGACAGUGCCCCAAUCAAGCGGCAAUGAUCGUGCAACAGGGCGAACAGCAACGCAUUGUGCCAGCUCAUGCCGAUCAGACCUUCAUCCCGGUUCACUUUGCUCGCACCAGCAGCGGCACCUUCUUCUGGACUUCAGUCGACAGCGCAAGGCAACAACAGCAGCAGCAACAACAACAAGAACUGCACAUGCGUGAACGAUUCGACCGCUGGGUCCAGGCCUAAAUAACACCAAUUGGGCCAACACUGAUGUCAGCUUCAGCUUUAAUACCAUGUGUCACCAGCUUGAGCCAAUUAGCCAAGAUGGUGACGCCAAAUGGCACGACCGCAAUCUCAGGGUGAUAUUAGGGUAUAGUUGCUUCUUCGGUACAACACUGAGGUAUCAACUUAACAAUGUAAUAACAAGCUUGUAAAUUAUUGUGAUUUCCCAAUAGCUUUUCUAAGUUUAGUAUUACGAAAAAAUCAUUGUCUUCCAUGUUUGUUUGUUAGGUUACUUUAGGCUAAGAAUCAUUGUCUUCCAUGUAAAAUAAUCUAGUUUUAAGAUA